AUGGCUGAAAACCAAGAAACUACACCGCUUUUAAAUGAAGGAACUUCAACUGGGGAGUCCAGUAAACCAGUAUCCAAAAAAACCCGUUUGAUUUUAGGUAUUGUUGCAAUCCUUGGAAUUCUUGUGAUUACAGGGUGGACAGUUUACAGGAUUACCGAAAAAACACCAUUGAUCAAUGAUCCGUUAAAAGUCCGAUUAUACACACAUAACAUAAGAUAUGAUAACAAGCGUCCAGGCCCGAACGAAGAGAAAUGGAGCAAGAGAAGACAAUUGGUUACGUCAUCGAUUGACUUUAAUACAGACAGUGGUAUGGCAAAUGUGGUUUGUUUGCAAGAGGUGUUACAUAACCAGUUGGAAGAUAUAUUAUAUAACUUAAAUGAAGGAAAUGCUACAGACGAAUGGACAUAUUUUGGAGUUGGCAGAACCGAUGGUGAGGCUGAAGGGGAGUAUGCGCCAAUCUUGUUCAAGAGGGCAGAAUGGAAUGUUGUAGACAAUAGCACCACUUGGUUGAGUGAAUCUCCCGAAGUUCCGAGCAGAGGUUGGGAUGCUGCUUUAGAAAGAAUUGUCACCAUGGUUACUCUUGAAUCUAAAUCGAACCCCUUUGUCAAAUUGAACUUUUUCAAUACCCAUUUUGAUCACAAGGGAAAGAAGGCCAGAAGGGAAUCUGCUCGUUUAAUAGUUGAUAGAAUGGAAAACUACAAUGAUUAUCCUUCAUUUUUAUGUGGUGACUUCAAUACAAGACCUACUGACGAGCCAUAUCAAAUUUUGAAACUGCAUGGUUUUAAAGAUAGUAGGACAUUGAUCGAUCAGUUACACAGCUAUGGGCAUAAAGCAACCUUCACAGGUUUUGAUAACUUGCACGAAGAUAACGCUAUCAUUGAUUAUGUUUGGGGUCCCUACUUUGCUAAGAAUGGUUAUCAAUCUCCAUCAAUUUUAGAAGAGGAAGAUAUAAAUUACUACAACCUUGAUUUGCAUGAAGCAUAUAAAGUUGUGAUUAAGCAAUAUGGUGUUUUGCAUUCACGUUUCCAUGAUAUGUAUAUGAGUGAUCAUAGACCUGUUUCUGCAGAUUAUUAUAUCUAUAAUGCUUAG